UGUCCUUACUCAGGAAGCAGACUGCUGAUUUUGGUGCUUUGCUUGAACAUCCCAUCAGAAGUGGAGUCCUGCCCCGGGGCGUGCGUAUGCUACAGUGAACCCAAGAUCACCAUCAGCUGCCAGCAGCAGGGGCUGACAGCCAUCCCCACGGAGAUCCCCAUCCAGAGCCAGCGCAUCUUCCUGCACAACAACCGCAUCACCCUGGUGAGGGCCACCAGCUUCACCUCCUGCCGCAACAUGACCAUCCUGUGGAUCCACUCCAACAACAUCAGCCUCAUCGAGCCCGGGGCCUUCUACGGGCUCACCAAGCUGGAGGAGCUGGACCUCAGCGACAACACGAACCUGAAAUCCAUCAACCCUGUCACCUUCCGGGGGCUUGUGCACCUCCACACCCUCCACCUGGAUCGCUGUGGGCUCCUGGAGCUCUCCACGGGGCUUUUCCGAGGGUUGUUCUCCUUGCAGUACCUCUACCUUCAGGAUAAUAACCUCCAGAUCCUGCUGGACGACACCUUCAUCGACCUGGCCAACCUCACGUACCUGUUUUUGCACGGGAACAAGAUCAAGAGCCUGUCGGAGAACGUCUUCCGUGGGCUGAUCAACCUGGACCGGCUGCUGCUACACCAGAACAGGGUGAGCCUGGUGCACCGGCGCGCCUUCCACGACCUGGGGAAGGUGAUGACCUUGUACCUGUUCAACAACAACCUGACCGUGCUCACAGGGGACACCAUGGCCCCCCUGGUGUCCCUGCAGUACCUGCGCCUCAACGGCAACCAGUGGAUCUGCGACUGCCAGGCCCGCUCGCUCUGGAAUUGGUUUAAGCAGUUCAAGGGCUCCUCCUCGGAGCUGGAGUGCCACCUGCCCCCUCGCCUGGCGGGGCGGGACCUGAAGCGGCUGCAGAGCUCGGAGCUGGACAGCUGUGUGGACUCCUUCAACCAGAUCCGCACCAGCGUCUUCAGCACCAAAACCAGGUCGGGCAAGCUCCCGACGGGGCUGCCCCCGCUGGGCUCCCACGACGGCUCCUCCAAGUGCUGCCAGCCAGAGAUGGACAAGUCCUUCAUUUACGAGGCCAAGGGCAAGGCAGGGCCCUCCUCCCACAGCAGCCGCUCAUCCAACAACCACCUCAAGGAGAAGGAGAACAUGUCCAGGCCCAAGUACAUGGAGACGGACCGUUCCAAAAAUGGCAGCAACAAGCAGAUAAACGAUUCCCCCUUUGGGACCUUCCCCAGCAUUGUAGACCCUCCUUUGACCAAGUUGAGACCCGAAUUUCUAGAGCCCAUUGAACCUUCCACAGUCCCAACCAAAAAGAGGCAGGGCUGCUCUAAAAAGAACAGAUCAAAGGCCCAGUGCCGCCUCACCCAGCAGGGGAACAGCUCCACGUUACAGCUCAGCCUAAGCCUUUUGAUCCCCCCCUUGGUGUGGAGCUUACUGUUAUUCUGCUAAAAUUAACUCUUUUCCUGGGUUGAUGACACUUUAAUACUUGACUUUUGCUGACCUCCAUAAAUGUUGCAAACAAAAGCAGGACUCCCAUCCACCCUGAGAAAGCUUUGUUACACAAAACUUAACUGGAUGCCUUUAUUAAAACAAACAAACAAACAAAAACAAAACAAAACAAAAAAGACAAACACUGAGAUGUACAUAAUUUAUUUGUCCUGAAACCUGUGAAUUAUACCUUUGGUCUUCGGAACUGCACUUGCCCACAAAGCAGCUUUUGCUACAGCAGAUGGUAAAGAAAUGUGGUUUAUUUACAGGAAAAAAAAAAAAAAAAGAAGUGUAAGAAAUGCUCUGAAAAGAAUGUCUAAAGUCUGUUUGUAACUCACCAUCUCACUGAACAAUGUUGCAGGUUCCCAUUUGCAGAGGUAAUGGAUUUGAUGCUGUUUUAAUCCUAUGUUGAUGACUCUUGCAGUUUUUCCAUCUCCAUUCCAUCCUUCACACCACGUUUACGGGCAGCAUUUGUUAAAGAAUGCUGCCUGCCCCUUCACAAGAUUGCAGUAUAUAUAGAUAUGCAUUUUAUUUUACUUGUGUACAAGUAUACAAAAAAAACCUAUAAAAUAAAGAUUUCUUUUUCCUAA